UGACAAGUUUUUAAGAGAUGUUUGAUAAGUUUACCAAUCUUGAUAUUUUAAUUCCAUUUUUGUUUUGAUUUUGUGUAGUUUGCUAUUAUAUAGCUUCGAUGACAUUUGUAAAAGUACAUACCAUCACUGUACUCAAAGCAAGUAAAAGAUGAUUAUAGCAAAGAUACCAGAUGCAAGGAUCAGAUGAUUAUGUGAAGAGGGAGAAAAAAAAUCCUUGAGGCAAACCACUCAUCUGUCAAAGCAGACAUAUGGCACAUAAAUAUACAUAAUCCCAAAUAUUUAAUUAAAUAAUAAAUUAGAGUAUGUUAGUAGUACACAAUUAUUAAGUUGAUUUGACAAUGAUACAUUUGCAAUGUCCAUCCUACAACGACUGGAGUGAUGCAGGUAAAAUGCUGUUUACAGCAGUCAGAAUGUGACCUAGCUGCAGGACCCUGCUGUCACUGCUUGAGCUCUCAUGUUAUCUGAUAACACAGUAUAUUCUCCAAGAGAUAUUACAUACGAGAAAUCUUAUGUGGUAUGUACAGGAAUGAAGUCUUUUCAUUUGUCAGGCCUUUUCCCAUAAUUCCAGCAGCAGCGCUGUGCCGCAGACACUCCGGAAGUGAGGCGUUUAUUGACAAUAUGGUGACCGGGCCAGCUGAGGGGACUGGACGUUUUUGGGUUUUGCCAUUGACCGCAGAUGUGUAUGAUCAAAGCGAAAGCUGUGCGCGACAGAGUGUUAUGAAUGAAGGGACUCGGGAGCUGUCGGGAUGUUGUCUCUGAGCUGAGCGAGCCUUCAUUCACAGCGUCAGAUUCAUCAUGUCGUUCUUCAGGCGGAAAGCUAAAAGAAAGGAACCUGAGAGACCAGCAGAUGCCAAAGCCAGCAAAGCCCAAGUGUUGCCCCACUCCCCCUCUCUUAGCGGCCGUAAUCAUCAUGCUAUCCUGGAGGCAGCGGGACCCAGCCAUGUGGCCAUCAAUGCUAUCUCAGCCAACAUGGACUCCUUUGCCCGCGGCCGGACUGCUAUCCUCAAAAAACAGCCUAGCCACAUGGAGGCAGCACACUUUGGAGACUUAGGUCGCUCCAGUGUCAACUACCAGGUUCAAGAGACUCGGUCUCGGCUUUCUAAAACCGUAGACCAGAUCUUGCGGGAUAAUGUGGCCAUGCCCUACUUCAUACAGUUUACGGAGACCCGCUCAGCUGAGCACCUGGUCCGCUUCUGGCUUGAAGCUGAGAGCUUUCGAUCCACCAGCUGGUCUAGGGUCAGAGCGCACAGCCUCAACUCAGUCAAACACAGCACCUUGGCUGAGCCUGCGGCUGCCCUGGAAUCCCCCGACUCGCCAGACUCCCAAGACGACCCCAGCAGACCCUCAACUCUGGAUGAAGGAGAUGAAGAGGACACUUUCUCCUCCCGGACUUCCUCCAGACCUCACACCCCCAGCCCCCAAGACACUAACUCUCAUACCGGGGCUCUGAUUGGCCACCGGAACUCUGUUAGCUCAGAAGGGGCGGCCCGGCCUGGGACUCCUCAUCUGCAGCCCAGCUUAAGAUCAGAAACGCCUACCAGACAGCCCUCCUCCAGGACAGGCACUCCAGUUAAAGGCCAGUCUACUAGUGGCCUCUCUGACAAACUAAUGAAAAGUAUAGAGAGGGAUGCCGUUAACAUUUUCACUAAGUACAUAUCUCCAGAUGCUGCUAGGCCAAUUCCCAUCACUGAACCGAUACGCAACGACAUUGUAGGAGAUAUUGGGCACUUUAGUGAGUUCUUGUGGAGCCAUUAUUUCUGUAAGUACCAGAUCGAGGUGCUGACCAGUGGUUCUGUGUUCCUGGCGGACAUCUUGUUUUGCGAGUCAGCCCUCUUUUACUUCUCUGAGUACAUGGAGAAAGAGGAUGCAAUGAAUGUGCUGCAGUUCUGGCUGGCUGCAGAAAACUUUCAAGAUCAGUUGGCUGCCAAGAAAGGCCAGUACGACGGACAGGAAGCCCAGAAUGAUGCCAUGAUUCUCUAUGACAAGUAUUUUUCACUGCAAGCCACAAAUCCGUUGGGUUUUGGUGACUCUGUACGGAUGGAGAUUGAAUCCAAUAUCUGUCGAGAAGGCGGACCUCUCCCAGACUGCUUCAACACUCCACUAAGACAGGCCUGGACCACCAUGGAGAAGGUUUACAUGCCAGGCUUUCUGUCAAGCAACCUUUACUAUAAGUAUUUGAGCGACCUUAUCAACUCCGUACGGGUGGACGAGUUUACUGGAGGAAAUGCCAACACUCCGAGCCAGGGCUGGAUCCCAGAGGUCGACCGCAACUCAAGCGUCACAGAAGGGUCACAAGCCCAGUUGCAGCAAGGUACUAAAAAAGCGGCAGUCAAGAUCCUGAAGAACUUCGAUGAGGCGAUAACGGUGGACAUCGCCAGUCUGGACCCUGAGUCUCUCUACCAGAGACCAUAUGCUGGAAGAAUGACCUUUGGGAAGGUGAAUGAGCUGGGCCAGUUCAUCAGAGAGGCUGAGCCAGAGCCAGAUGUGAAGAAAUCCAAGGGUUCCAUGUUUUCUCAAGCAAUGAAGAAAUGGGUGCAAGGAAACUCGGAUGAGGCACAAGAAGAGAUGGCAUGGAAGAUUGCAAAAAUGAUCGUCAAUGAUGUCAUGCAGCAGGGACACCAGGGAAGCCCUGAAGUGAAGGCAACAAAAAUGGAGGUUUGGAAGAAGAUGAGGCUAUGACCCUCUCGUUAAAGUGUGGAAGCAGCUCCUACCCUCCCUCCUGUCGCUCUCUGCAUAAUGACUGGAGAAGCAAACCACCUGAAGGCGAACACAGAGCUGAACUGCAUUAACAUAUCAGUGAGGACUUUGAAAGAGGCAUUCCAUGACUUCCUGCAUGUGUUUGUGUGUGAGAGUGGGAGUGUUUAGAUAUGCACACUAAUAGCCAAAAUAUGUUUUCCGUAUGAUCCACCCCAUCAUUUCUAGCACUUGGAAGGAAUUCUGUUUAUUAUUUGAAGAGCAGCUAAAUAAGUUUAACUACAGGCAUGAAUAAACCCGUAAACAAACCAGCGAGAGCUGUCGCACAGCAGACGAACAGAAC